AGAGAGAGAGAGAGAGAGAGAGAGAGAGAGAGAGAGAGAGAGAGCGCACGAGAUCGAGAUGAGGCCGAGCCACGCUGAUCGCACAGUAUAGCGUAGCUUCCUUCCUCGACCUGCAGCAUCAUCAUGAGAGCGGCGUUACUCCGAGUGCUCUGGUACGUAGAUUGUUUCUUGUUCUCUUUCUCUCCCAGUGAGGUCGACUCGUUUGCCUCUCUCUUUGUCGCCCUUGCUCUAGACGUCGCAAACGUUGCAGGGCGUGCUCGAUGCUGACAGUGGCGGUGAAAGCGCGGAAGCUCGUCACCGAGGGGGAGAAGAACAGUCCCCGGGUGAAUCCUAACUACGACCUGUGCGAGGACAUCCAGUGUCUGGCCGUGGAGGACAUCUUCAACCAGACCGUCGACAGCAGCCGAGCACCUUGCGAGGACUACGUGAAGUACGCCUGUCACAAGAACUACAGCGGCAGUCGCGACCACGACCCCUUUCCCCAGGACCCCAACCAAGUGCUCAGCGAUCUGAUGCACAUACUGGACCGCGAUGUGCUGGACGAGCUGGAUACGGGCAAUUACGCUCUCGAGAUCGAGAGGACCAUCUUUCAGCUGUGCAAGAAUCGAGGUGCAUUCACCGCCGACGAGAAGCUUCACUACGAGCGAUCCGUCCUGCCGAGGACCGGCGCAAACAGGCUGGAGCGCGAGUUCGAUUAUCCGCGGGGUCAUCUGUCGGACUGGAGCGCGGUCGACUUGAGGUACGGCCUGGAGGGCUUUGGCUUUGCCUUCUUCGACGUCGACAUUUACCAGCCCGCCGACGAUCCGGAGGAACGCUACAUUCUGAUAAAGCCGCCGCCCAACGAGAUCAUGAAGCAGUCGGAUCUGCUGAGCCAGCGCUUCAACAAGCGCGACGGCUACCGCAAGUCGGACCGGAAGUACGACAAGCUGAGCAACUUCAUGAUGGAGCUGCUGGAGAUCAUGCCCCGAGGCACGUCGAAGCGGCGCGGCUCCGACGUCGCCAAGCUGACCGUCGACGACUGGACGCAGAAGUACGAGGCCCACGUGAGCCACAAGUGCGCCAAGAUCGAGUGGUCCAACUACCUGAGCAAGCUCUUCGGCAAGGUGCGCGAGCCGGUGCGCGACGACACCACGCUGGCGGUGCAGAACGAGGCCUACUUCUACGCACUGGCCGGGCUGCUGUCGCGCACCAACGACGUGGACGUGAUCGCCGACUACGCGCACCUGCACUUCGUCUCGAGGAGCAUCGGCCUGGUGGACCCCGGCUACCGGACCUACUCCGCGCUGCCGCAGAUCGACGGGUUGAGCUGCACGCCCGGGCUGCUGGCCGGCAGCCUGUACAAGUACGCCGACAGGUACUUCCCGGCGGAGAGUAGACUAUCGGUACGGCCGACGCGCGCCUCCCCCGCCCCAGCCCCGCGCGCCCUCGCUCAUCGUCGCGGCUCUCUGUCGCAGCUCCAGGUGCUGGCCCACAAGGUGCGGGACGCGGUGGUAGCCAGGCUGCGACGCACCGUUGGCGCCCUUGACGCGGCGCCCGGGCCCGCGGGCAAGCUGCGCCGCAAGCUCACCGGCUUCGUGGACAAGUUCGCCGAGGCCAGCGUCCACCUGGGCUACCCGGCCUGGCUGACCAACGCCACCGUCGCCUACAGGCUCUACGGCACGAGGAAGGACAGGUACUCGUCGGCCAGCUUCUACGACAACCAGGCGCUCGUCGUCGAGCAGCUGCUGGAGGAGAAGCUCCGCACCUGGAAGCGCCCCGGCAUGCCCAUCGUCGACCUGCGCGAGCUCGGCAAAGGCUUCCAGUCCAGUCGGAUCGAGGUGAACGCCGAGGGGGAGGAGCCCGAGAUCGUCGUUCCCUUCGGCUACUUCGCCGAGAACAACUACAAGCUGUUCAGCUCGCAGCUGUUCGACCCUAUCAACUACGGAGCGGCCGGCGCGGAGAUCGCCUUCAACCUGUACUACGCGCUGAUCGACUCGAUCCUGGACGCGGACAACUCCGUGGCGAUCGGCCGAUGCCUCAGAGAGCGAGUGCCCGACCGAGUCGGGGACCGGGUAACGAGGACCGCGCCCAGCCACCGCGAGGGCGCGCGACGCCCCUCGACUCGCUCUCAUUUCAGGAUGAUUUCAGGACAGCUUCGCCAAGAGGGCCGCCGCUUACCUGCUCGCUCUCGACACGGCCUACGAGGCGCUCCCGUCCAAGCACUCCUACCCCAUCCAGUUCGUGGACUUCGGCGCGAUGGCCGACACCGACGUGUUCUUCCUCUCCUUCGCCAAGGUAUCCGCCUCUCCGCGCUCGACGCCGCUUCGUUUCCCGAUCCGCGGGCUACAUCAACCGCCCUCUCCGCAGUCGCUGUGCUCCAUCACGCCGGAAGUCACGAGCCUGCCCUACGCCGAGGAGAGGGACCAGCAGAGGUCCUACCGAAUCGGCGAUUACCACGUCUUGUUGCGUUACAUCGGGUUCGCGUUCAACAAUUCAAUACCCUUCGCGGAGAAUUACCUGUGCACGGACCAGCUGAGAAGGCUGCGAAAGUUCGAAUGCGACCCGCUCAUUUUUGACUUCGCAGCUCUCUAAUGGCACUCUCCGCAUCCAACACUUUUGUAUCUUUUCAAUUUCGACGCGAAUAAAAUCUAUUCAAAAUACGCACGCUUUUCCAUUAUUUACAGUCGA